AUGGAGACAGCCGAAACCCCGGUUUUUGUCUUUAUUCCUGGGGCAUGGCAAAGGCCUGAUUGCUUUGACGGAAUCCGUGCUCUCUUAGCGAAUCGUGGUUAUGACUCUGAGGCUGUUACUACCUUCUCUGUUGAUUCAUCCUCCCCUGAUGUUGGCUUGCAUGCUGAUAUCGAUCUUACGAAGCAAAUAAUUCGAAGAUUGGUUUGCAGUGGUCGGCGGGUGGUUGUCAUUUGCCACUCGUACAGUGGACUCGUUGGCGCAAGUGCUGUUGAAGGCUUGGGCUAUGCGCAAAGGUCUAAGAUGUCUCUCUCUGGAGGCGUGGUGAUGGUUGUAUGGAUCUCUGCCUUCGUGGCGCUGAAGGUCCAGUCGAUUACUGAUGAAUGUGAAGGCAAAUCGGAUCCUGGGGUCGUGAGCCAUGGAGACGGGUUCUGCUACUCUUCUCAACAGGAGACCAUCUUCUAUAACGAUCUUUCCUCCGAUGAGCAGCAAAGUGGAUCGCGAAGUUGGCGUCUCAUUCUGUCCUUUCGAGUCUAG